CGAGAAAAAGAGGAUUUCUUUCACUUUUUACUGAUCUGUUCACCAGUGACAAUGGCGAACAUACCUUCUUCUGAAGCUGUCUUAGAAACCCUAAUUCACAGAGGAUGGUGUUUUAGAGACCUUGAAGAUAUAAAAUUUCUGAUUCAACUCAACGUCGCUACCUGCAGUGGAUUGGAUUAUGCAGAUUCCGUUGAAUCAGAGCUUCUAAACAUGGAUUUAAUGUCUUUUGGAGGGAAGUCCUUACCUGAUUCGUCUGUGAUUAAGAAAUCAUCCCAUCUUCAAGGCCCAAAAGUUCUUCAGAUAGUUUCUGUGAGGGACGUAUAUCAGAGUACCAUAGAGUCUCAGAGCAGAAACUCGCGUGAUAGGCGUCUCCUUCGAUUUGUUCUCACUGAUGGAAACUCAGAAGUAGUUGCUAUAGAGUACUCUCCCAUAGUGGCCAUUGCUGACGAUAUUGUUCCUGGGGCUAAGGUGCGUUUGGAAAACAAAGCUGCAAUUCAUAGUGGUAUAUUAUGUUUGAAACCUAAAGCAGUAACUGUUCUAGGAGGUCUUGUUCAAUCACUUUAUGAAGAAUGGCAGAUGACUCGGAAAUAUUCAGGUUUUUCCCGCUCGACCUUGAGGCUAUCUCAGAAAAAUGAUGGUGAUGGUCCUCCACCAUUUGAGCAGUUGAAAAUUGGGGUAUGCUCUCAGAGGAAUGCUCAACACCACAAUUCUUCCUAUGCUUCUGAGUCAGUGCCAAGAGCAUCUGGACCUAUCUUUGUUAAACCUGGUGGUGGAAAUGUUUUGAAUCAGACUCUUGAUUCAAAAGUGGAUGAGAUGGAUGGUGAUCAGAAGGCAGCUUCCUUGACUGGAAACCCUGAAGGGAAUCCAAGUUCUUCUGAGUCCAGACCAAAAGAAGUGGCUGAAGCUGUACCUGUUCAAAAUCAGGCCGCUGCACAGAAACUCCUACAAAAAAUGAGUCAGCCAUCCCGGGAUGAUCGGCACUCUCGGCCCUUUAGAGGUCCAAGAAAUAGAGGAAAAGAAAAGCAAGAAGAAGAAUCUUUGACUCUAGAUGAAUGGGAGAGGAUAAAGGGUGGGGGAAAGUCUCAAUUAAGAGAUGAGAUUCAAGAUAUCAGUCGUGAUGAGGAGAUCGCUUGGCAGCUUCAAAAUCAAUUAAAUAUUGAAGAUUCCCAAGAUUCCCAUGUAAAAGCAGGUAAAGAUUUGGACGCAGAGAAGAUACGGAUGAGUAUGUUCAAUUUUGAGAGAAGAGACGAAUUGAGAGACCAAGGUAGGAUGGGAUCUAGAGGGAGAGGAAGGGGGAGAGGAAGAGGAAGGAGGAGAUUCUGAUGACCAGUUCUUCCUCGUUUUUUCAUUUGGUCGUCUUCUUUGGCCAAGCAUAUCAUCACAAGCUGGAAUAGAGUCCCCAUGACCUGAAGUUGAUGUUUUUGCAGUUUAAAGGUCAUCACUUUAUGAAGCCAGUUUGUGACAUCCAAGCAGAAAAAAAGAAAAUUAUGAGUUGCAGUAAAUGAUUAGUGGUGGGAUACAAUGCAGAAUGACAAAGCAGAGAGGAUCAUCAACUUUUCCAGUAGGUGGGAAACUUUGCUUUCUUUUAAGCUUGGUUGCCCAUUCUGGGUGGUUCACACCAUCGCUCUCUUUUCUCUUGGUUAAUGGAGAACAGUUUUCUGAGGAAAAGUGUAAUAUAAUAGAUAUUUGAAUUCAUGUGGAGUGAAGCACAGAUGUCAUAUUUUUCUUUGGCA